AUGGAAGGGGGGUGGCUUGCUGGGGGAAGACUCCUCCUCUGCCUCACUGUCCACCUUCUGCUUCAAGGAAGAGGCGACACUUUCACCAUCAAUUGCUCAGGCUUUGACCAGCAUGGGGUGGACCCCGCUGCCUUCCAAGCAGUGUUUGACAGAAAGGCCUUCCGUCCAGUGAUCAACUACAGCCUCCCCACUCAGGUCAACAUCUCCUUCACCCUGUCUGCCAUCCUGGAAGUGGAUGCACAGCUCCAGCUUCUGACAUCAUUCCUGUGGAUUAACAUGAUGUGGGACAAUCCUUUCAUCAGUUGGAACCCAGAAGAGUGUGUCAACAUCAAUAAACUGACUAUAGCAGCUGAAAACCUGUGGAUCCCAGACAUCAUCAUCUCUGAAUCCAUGACUGUGGAUAAGACACCUCCAGGUCUCACUGCAUACGUCAGCAGUGAAGGUCGAAUACAGUACAAUAAGCCAGGGCGGGUGACCAGCAUCUGUAACCUGGACAUCUUCUACUUCCCUUUUGAUCAACAGAAUUGCACCGUCACCUUCAGUUCCUUCCUCCACACAGUGGACAGCCUGGUCCUCGGCAUGGACAAGGAAGUGUGGGAGAUAACAGACACGUCUCGUGACGUCAUUCAGACUCAGGGAGAAUGGGAACUGCAGGGCAUCAACAUGGCCACCCCAACGAUGUCAGUGGGCAGCCAUACGUAUGACCAGAUCAUAUUCUAUGUGGCCAUCAGACGCAGGCCCAGACUCUACGUCAUAAACCUUCUGGUGCCCAGUAGCUUUCUGGUUGCCAUUGACGCCCUCAGCUUCUAUUUGCCUGCAGAAAAUGAGAAUCGUGCUCCAUUCAAGAUAACACUUCUGCUGGGCUACAACGUCUUCCUGCUCAUGAUGAAUGACUUACUCCCUGCCAGCGGCACCCCCCUCAUCAGUGUCUACUUUGCCCUGUGCCUGUCGAUGAUGGUGCUCAGCCUGCUGGAAACCAUCUUCAUCACGUACUUGCUGCACCUGGCCACCACCCAGCCCCCACCCAUGCCCCGAUGGCUCCAUUCCCUGCUUCUACAUGGCACCAGAGCAACGAGAUGCUGCCCCACUGUGCCCCAGAAGGGAACUAAGGGCCUGGACCUCACCCCUGCCCACCUGCCUGGUCUGAAGGAGCCCGUGGAGCUGGUAGGGACGGUGCCAGAUCCCCGAGAGGCAGAGUUACGUGGGUGCUCUGGGUCAACAGUGGCCCGGCAGGAAGACGAGGCCCAGAAGCUGCAGUUGGUGGGCCUGUGGGUGCAGUUCAGCCACAUGAUGGACACCCUGCUCUUCCGUCUCUACCUGCUGUUCAUGGCCGCGUUCGUCAUCACGGUCAUCGUCCUCUGGAACACAUAG